AUGGCGGAGACCGUGGCUGACACCCGGCGGCUGAUCACCAAGCCGGAGAACCUGAAUGAUGCUUACGGGCGGCCCAGCAACUUCCUCGGGAUCGAUGUAAGCAACCCGCAGACGGUGGGGGUUGGCCGGGGCCGCUUCACCACCUACGAAAUCAGGGUCAAGACAAAUCUGCCUAUUUUCAAGCUGAAGGAAUCUACUGUUAGAAGAAGAUACAGUGGCUUUGAAUGGCUGCGAUGUGAAUUAGAAAGAGAGAGCAAGGUUGUAGUCCCCCCGCUCCCUGGAAAAGCAUUUUUGCGUGAGCUUCCUUUUAGAGGAGAUGAUGGAAUAUUUGAUGACAAUUUUAUUGAAGAAAGGAAGCAAGGGCUGGAGCAGUUUAUAAACAAGGUCGCUGGUCAUCCUCUGGCACAGAAUGAACGUUGUCUUCACAUGUUUUUUCAGGAUGAAAUUAUAGAUAAAAGCUAUACUCCAUCUAAAAUAAGACAUGCCUGA